AUGGUCGCACCCAGCAAAGUUUUCGAGUGGCCCUUGAACCGUGUACACUGCUCGGGCUUUUUGCACAGCCUGCCAAAUCAAAGUUGCACCGAGGCGUUUAUCUGGAAUCUGUAUCGUAAUCAUGUGUCCAGUGCAAAAUACUAUUUACCAGUAUUGUUGGUUCCGCUAGUUCUCAACUAUCGUAAACUUAGCAAGAAUCAUGUAUGGUCCAUAGUUAAAAACUAUCUACAAACUUUGGGCAUUGGCUCGACAAUUAACGCACUUGUAUUCUACUGGAUGUGCAUCUGUCGACGUCUCUGUGGCCGUUUCGUUUGGGGAUUAGUACCGUUUCUUUCCUGCUGUUUGGGAGCACAGAUCAUCUGGUGGGCUCCACCAAAGGUGCUGCAAUUUUAUUCCACGGGAAUUAUCCAUGCGGCCAUUGAAGCCAUGAUGCGACAACUGGACGUGGGAUUGGUGCAUUCACAUGCAGCACGAACGCUGGUAUUUAUGAUGUGCUCCCUGGCGGUGCUUCGGCUACAACAGGCGCAAGCUUAUUCGGGAUUCUGGUUUAUCAAGCCGGCUCUAUUGCCUGACGAUUAUCCGAAGUGGUCCUUGGAGCAGCGAGUCAGGGAUUCCUUACUCGAAUUGCGCACCUAUCUGGGCAUUGGCUUGGCUCUGGACUUACUAAGUGCCAUAAUGCGCAAGCGUAUCAGAAGGAUAAACUUGAAAUCUACCAGCUUUAUGAUCAGCUAUAUGGGCAUAUACAGGAUGAUACAAUGUGUACUGGCGGGCAGAAUGGAACCAAGGCAUACAAAUUUACUGGCUGCAUUUCUCAGUGGAGGUGCCUUUUGGUUUGUCAGCCACAUACCCUUAACCCUUAUGUCAUUCUCAGUGGUCACUGCCAGUCAAGUCUUGUGGCAAGAGUUUUGUGCACAGGAUGUAUCUAAGAGUAAGCUUCUGGCUAAACUACAGCGCUUACCCUGGUCAAAGCUGCUAAUCCCUCCAAGCUUGGGCUUUUUGGUGCACAGCUUACUCUUCCAGGGACAUGUGAUCAACGGCUUGGCGAGAUCAUUUAUAAACCGCACCUGUGACAGCAAUGCCCAACGUAUCGUCGAUUUCCUGUUAUUACCCGAAGAAACAAUAUUGACCAAAGUCAGUAGCAUUUCGAUUAUGCCGUUCUUAUUUUAAUUAAAAAUCCAACCAUUAUCAAUUAAUCUUGUAAAAAUAAAACUAAAUACAAAUUAAAGUAAUUUUUAGCAACAAAUCAAGCAUACUCAACUUUAUAUAUUGAUUGCAAUUGCCCAGAAUAGUAUGGAAUCGAAUGCAUCUUAAGAAUCGUUGGCUAACCAAAUAUCAGAAGUACAAUCGCCACCUGGAUAGCGCAUCUCAUGCGGUAGACUUGGCCCAUACGGUUCCUUUCCAAAAUCAACCAAGAAAUCUUCAUUCAACUUCAUUCCUCCGUUGACCACGUCGACAUCAAUAAGGCACACAUGACCACCUUUGGACACCAUAUUGGGAUAAAACUGUAAUCAGAAAUAAUUGAUGAAACCAUUUACAUCUUUUGAAAUCUUCAAAAUGUGUCUACCUGCUUAUCCCAGGGCGAAUAAAGUGAAGAGGACACAUACAAGCGCUUGCCAUCAAGGGAAAGCUGCAUCAUCUGUGGACCGCCUUCCAAGCGACGACCCUUAACAUAGCGCGGAGGUGGCCUUUCCUGUAUAAAAUAAGUAUUAUAAUUCAU